GCCACACGGAGCCACUGAAGCCGCACGGAGCCACACGGAGCCACUGAAGCUGUACGGAGCCGCACGGAGCCGCACGGAGCCACACGGAGCCGUACGGAGACACGCAGAGACACGCGGAGCCACACGGAGCCGUACGGAGCCACACGGAGCCACACAGAGCCACUGAAGCUGCACGGAGCCGCACGGAGCCACUGAAGCUGCACGGAGCCACACGGAGCCACUGAAGCCGUACGGAGCCGCACGGAGCCAUACGGAGCCACACGGAGCCACACGGAGCCACUGAAGCCGCACGGAGCCACACGGAGCCACUGAAGCUGUACGGAGCCAUACGGAGCCAUACGGAGCCAUACGGAGCCACACGGAGCCACUGAAGCCGCACGGAGCCGCACGGAGCCACUGAAGCCGCACGGAGCCAUACGGAGCCGCACGGAGCCACUGAAGCCGCACGGAGCCGCACGGAGCCACACGGAGCCGUACGGAGCCAUACGGAGCCCCACGGAGACACGCGGAGCCGCACGGAGCCACUGAAGCCGUACGGAGCCCCACGGAGCCACGCGGAGCCGCACGGAGCCGCACGCCGGGCAUCGCGGCAGCGCUCGGCGCGGUAUCGCUGACACGGCGUCGCUGGCACGGCACUGACACGGCGGCGGCACACGACGUCCCGGGGCGACACGGAGCAGCCGGGAGCCCGGAGCCAGCGCCGAAACUGACCGAUAAUCCCGAAUCCGGCGCCGAAAUUGACCGGGGAUUGGCCAUCUGGCGCUGAAAUUGACCGAUAAUCCCGAAUCCGGCGCCGAAACUGACCGGGGAUUGGUGAUCCGGCACUGAAAUUGACCGAUAAUCCCGAAUCCGGCGCCGAAAUUGACCAGGGAGCUGCGCUCCGGAGCGGGAGGGGAGCCGGGAUCCAGUGAGCCGGGAUCUGCGGUCCAGCACUGAAGCUUGACAAGGAUCUGGGAUCCAGCAUGGAAACUGACCGGGGAUCCAGGAUCCAGGGUUGAAACCGACCAGCGAUCUGCGAUCCAGGACUGAAACCGACUGGAGAUUUGAGAUCCGAAGCAGGAACUGACCUGGGAUCCAGGAUCUGGGAUUGAAACUGACCAGGAAUCUGUCAUCCAGGACCAAAACCGACCGGAGAUUUGGGCUCUGACACAGAAACUAAGUCAGGAUCUGGGAUCCAACACUGCAACUGACCGGAGAUUUGGGAUCUGACAUUGAAACCAACCAGGGAUCUGCAAUACGGGACCGAAACCACCCAGAGAUUUGGGAUCUGGGGCUGGAACUGAGCCGGGAUCUGGGAUCCAACACCGAAACCGAUCAGAGAUUUGGGAUCCGCCGCUGCCUCUGCGCCGGGAUUGGGGCUGUGAGGCCGGACGGGGCGGACGUGCGGGAUCCGGCGAGUGGGAUCCGGUGAGCGGGAUCCGGGCAGGAUCCAGUGAGCGGGAUCCAGUGGAUCGGGCGCCACGAUGCCCCGCGCCUUCCUGGUGAAGAAGCCCUGCGUGGCCACGGCCAAGCGCAACUGGAGCGAGCUCCCGGACGAGCAGCGCGCCGACAUCUACGUGCCCAUCUGCCUGGGGGGCUGUGCCCUGCGCAGGGACCCGGUGCCGGCGGCCGCCCCCCUCGACAUGACGCUGCGGGCAGCCGGCUGCCCCCCCCCGCCGCCGCCCCCCGCCGCCCCCCCCGGCGGCCUCCCGGACCCCUGCCUGCACCCCAAGGCCAAGGCGUCGGCGGCCUCGGCGGGGGCCCCGGGGGGGCCGGGGGGGCCGGGGCCGCUGCGGUGCCCCGUGUGCCAGAAGGGCUUCGGGCUGGCGCGGCUGCUGACGCGGCACCUCAAGUGCCACAGCGAGGCCAAGCGGCACCGGUGCCCCUUCUGCGGCAAGGGCUUCAACGACACCUUCGACCUCAAGCGCCACGUCCGCACCCACACCGGCGUGCGGCCCUACAAGUGCAGCCUGUGCGAGAAGGCCUUCACGCAGCGCUGCUCGCUGGAGUCGCACCUGCGCAAGAUCCACGGCGUGGCGCAGCGCUACGCCUACAAGGAGCGGCGCGCCAAGCUCUACGUGUGCGAGGAGUGCGGCGGCACCGCCGACAGCCAGGACGCCCACCUGGCCCACCUGCGCCAGCGCCACCCCCACAGCCCCCUCCUCGCCAAGCUGGCCCGCCGCGGGGCCCCCCCGGCCGCCGCCCCGCCCCGCCCCGCCCCCUAGGCCCCGCCCCCCGCCCCCCUGGACACGCCCCCGCUGCCGUAGGCUCCGCCCUUGAGGUCCCCCCCCCUACACCAAGCUGGCUUGCGAGGCUGGCGGCAGUGCUGCACUGACCCGCUGUAAACCUAGGCCACGCC